GUUCGUUCGACCGACCGACCGACAGAUAUUCGACAAGUAAGAUGGCGGCGAUUAAUGUGAAAGGCGAAACGUUGUCGUAUUUCCACUUGUAAAUAAAGUUAUUGGUUUGUUAAAAUAUUAAUGUCAAUAGAACGACAGCAAACGAUUUGAUAUUGUAUAGUGUAAAACACAAAGUGAUCUGUUGAGUACAACCUAUGACUUGAACUGCUUUUCAUUUCACAAUAGACAAAACCCGUCGCAGCGAGCACUCGACUAGUCGAGGCCAUAUUUAUGAUGUUAUCUGUUGUGUGAGCGUCCUCCGAAACCACAUUGAUAAAUGGUUGUGGAAAACCAAGGCGAUGGAGUGUUUUCUCUGUAUGAAGAAUAUGUAACAGCAACAUGAGUUCCAGUGUUCCAAAAUAGUGAUAGUAACCAUACAUACAAUUGACUGUGUUACAAACUAUGGAUGAAAGUGUGGACUUCUAUUGACAUAUUACAUACAUUGACAUUUGAGCAUCACGGAGGUGGUAAUGGAUCCAGUAGGACCAUGGUCAGCAUAUUCAUACAAUCGGUUAGCAGGGGUUCAGGCCGGUGCUGCAAGUGGGGAUUUUCAUCACCACCUAGCAAGUGGUGGCUCUGGAUUAGGCAGCCAAUCAGUGCCAUCAACUACAAGUCAGUUGCUUCUGCAAGCAGCGCAUACUACAGCAUCAUUAGCAGGACAACUUGGCUCAUCAACUGCUUCACCCUUCAACCCUGCAGGAUUUUUAUCUCCCCCAGCUGUUGGGUAUGACGCAGUGUUUUCACCACUAUUUCAUCAUGCAAAUCCCAAACCUGCACACUACAGUUCUUCUCUUCAAGCUCAGCAUCGCCAAGUUAUAGCUCAAGCUCAGGCUGCUGUAGCAUCCAAACAAUCUUCAGUGGAAUCAGAAUUGUCUACUUUAAGAGAAAAUUAUUCGCAUCAAACAUUGGCAGCACAAGGGACAUCUUUCUUUGACCAAUCAUCAACCCCAGGCAGCACUGCAGGACUGAGUUGGCAAGGAAACAAUCAACUACCUAGCCCGUUUGGGAUUCUGCCUCAUGAGAGUGUUGUGCCCUCAUCCCCAAGUCCUGCAACAACGAAAGCAUCGGCAACAUAUGAGAACUUUAAUGCACAUUUUGCAGCAGCACAAACAUUAAAUAAUCAUUUGAACUCUCAAAUUUCAAGUGCUGGUAAACAAACAAACAGAUCUGGUUCACCGGCCACUGCAUCAAAACAACCAGCAACUUCAACAUCAUCAACGUUUUUUCAAUCUCCAUCAUCUUUUGGAAAUCAGACUGAUAAUUCGUAUAGUACAAGCAGUGCAAAGAGUGGUCAACUCUCAUCACAACAGGAUUAUGCAGGAAGUAAGUCCUAUUCAAGUUCUGCAAGUUCAACUUCUCAUUCCCAGCAAUCGUGUAUAGUGUCAACUCCACCAGUCACUUCUUCCUCAACUCCUCCCAGUAAAGAGUACAGAUCAUCUUCCAGUACGUCCUCUAGGCCAUCAGCCUCCAUUUAUAAUUCUCAGUCGCCUAAAAAUACAAGUAGUGAUAAAUCUCCUAGACAAAUCACAAAUAGUAUAAGUAAUUUUGUAUCCCCUUCAGUUAAAGCGCCACAAGUACAGACAAAAGCUCAAAGUAAAAUUUACCCAGAAAUAAGCAAUGAACAAAGGAAAAGUUGUGAUUCUAAUGAAAAGGUUCAGCCACAGUCAUCUCCAAUAAGUUAUUCCAUAAUGGAUGCCCCAGGCAGAUUGAAUUAUAGUAGCAGUACUGGCAGUUCUUCAAAAACAAAUAGAAUCAAUAGUUCACAAUACUCCACAACCCAAAAUUCUAGUUUUAGACACUAUCAAAGUGGAAACAACAUUGAAUCAGACUAUCAUGUCCGAGCUAAAAGUAGUUCUAGCACAGACACUGGGUACUCCAGUAGUAGUUCCCAAAAUGGCCCAGAUUGUGGUGUUGUAGUGCCAAGGCGACAAAGUCCUUCUCAGGUAGCACCACAAACUUCCCCUCUAGAUCAUGGGUCAAGUCCUGCCUAUCCCUUGUAUCAUAGUCCUAUGAACUCCAUCAAUUCUCCUCAACCACACAGUGAUCACUAUAACAAAGUUAAUAAUACUGCUCCUAGAUCUCCUCUAGAUGCAUCAGUGACACGGUCGCCAUCUCAAAAUAGCCAAGUAGCAUAUCCUUCUGUUAUAACUAGGGCUUUAGGUCUUGAACAAAAUAAAACCUAUAGUGAAAGCAGCAGAUAUGAACGAAAUCAAACUCAGUCAUCUGGUCAAACUUGUUGGGAAGGUGACAGACUAGGGUCUAGAAAAUAUUCUAGUAAUAGCAGUAGUAAUAGUUACAAUAAUGGUUUAUCAGAAAGUAAUACUCAUAAUGAUGAGUCUGUUCCUCAGAGUCAAUCUUCCAGUAGGGUGCUAAGUUUGCCAGAUAAACAGAACUAUUUUGAUGGUAAUAAUGUAGCUUUACAAGAUCUUUCUAGUUGUCGAGGUGAUCCCAUGAGUAUAGUAAAAAACUUGCAAAGUUUGCAACAAAGUUGUCAAUUACAAGAAGUCAAAUCAGGCAAAAGUCAACCUCCAGUGACAGUUCCAACAUCUACUAACAAAAUACCAUCAAGAAGAAAGAGUGUAGAAAAACCAGUUCCCCAUACAAAUAUGAAUGAAUUGUCUAAUGUUGUAAUGGCUGAUUAUUUGGCAAAUAGAAUUCCUCCACCUGCACAUAGUUCAACUAGCAGUCAACAGCAAAAUGGUAGUUAUUUUGAUUUUGAAAGGUGGAAUCUUCCACCUCCUCCUCCAAAAAUGUUCCCUGGUACAUCUGCAUUUGGCUCACAAGCCCCAUUACAUGCCACAAAUUUUGCUAAUCAACACCAAGCACUCGCUAUGCCUCAUGGCCAUGCUUUGACAUACUUCCCGCCUUUCCACCUAGGUCCUCACCCUGAUUUCCAAUCUUCUGUGGAGUUGACACCUCUGUCGUCAUUUAGUGAAACUCCACCUUCGGCUUCCUCGUCAUCUUUUUCGACUCCUGAAACACGUGAAGAGGAACAGCCUAAGGUGGUAGUACCUAAUAUAGAGGAAGAACUUGGUUUCCUUGCAGAACAACGGGCAAAUACUGCAUCGUCGGUAGCACCCUCUUCACAGCAGCAGAACAUUAACAGCACUUCACAAGACGCUACUUCAAAAAUAAUGGAUAAAAAAUUUAAUGUUCCUGUCACGGGCCCCGGUUCAGGUUUCAUGGCUUCUUACUUGAAAUUUUUACAAGGAGAGCGUGAUACUUCACCUCCGCCGGCCGGCAGGGGCGCCAGAAAAUCUACGUGGUCGAGAACUAAUACUAAUAAUACUACAAAUAGUAAGCCUUACACACCGAAUGACCAUAAUAAAAGUCAAUGUGAAACAAAUUCCUCACAGCAGAGUGCCAAUGGAGCCAUGGCGUCGACAAACGUGAUAAACGCAGGUAUGUCACUGAGUAAUCCCGUCAUGAGCUCCUCGGCGAGUAUGGGUGCGACAGGCUUGUUGGGUGCUAAUCAAAUACAUGGCGCAUCGUCGAGUCUUCUCUCCUCUCAAACAAAAGAGUUAGACGAUCCCCGUUAUUAUAACUUGAAUAAAGAGAGAAAACGUAAAUAUGACGGCAGCGAGGAAACUGCGUAUGAUGCAGAGGAGGAAGCGAGAAGACUCAACAAGCCGGUGCUCAAUGUGCCUAGUACACCUCUUAACGAUAAAGGAAAGAAUAAGGGGCGAACAAAUAUGAGUAAGCCCACGCCAUCGGCUGUGGUGGCGCCUCAGCCGGCCGCGCCUAAGAAGCCACGACCUCCUGCGCCGCCGCCCGUGACGUCGCUGCAGGCAGCGCCACAGCAACAAUACUAUUAUCAACAUCAGCCCGACGAAGUUACAGCUCAUGGGGCUAACAUGGGUUAUGGGCUAUAUGGAACAACAGAUAACGACAAUAAGGCGAACAGAAAUAUGCAACACAAUAUAAAAUCUCACCAUCAAGUUUCCAGUAGUGGGCAAGUAGACAAUACCCGACCAAUAGAAGAAAUGCCCUAUCAGUCUGGGGAAUUCAUAGCAAUAAAAGCUGAAUUGAAUGAAAUGUGGCCAGCAAUUUGGAGGGUUGAUGGCAAGACAUUACUACAAAAAUACGAACCUUUUGAAGAAAAUGGAAAAGUUUUAUAUCGUAAUAUAUCUACAUACACCGUAUGGAACCCAGAAAAUAAAAAACUAUAUACGCAAGUCCCAGUUAAAGUAAGGUCCCAGACACAUUUGGAGACAAUCGUCGAGUUAGUUAGAAGCGAACUUCCAGCCGAUGAUUGCGGUUUCAUCGAGAAAAGGAUGCUGGAGACUCAAAUGUAUCAGGAGAACUUUGAAGUCUACAUUCAAACAUUAAUAUCACACGCCUUAGAUCCUAAUUUUCUAACAGAAAUAUUUCAAGAACAAGACGAGUACUUCCUGUCCAACGUGAAGACGGUGGACGAGGUGACGGAGAGCAUGCGGGCGCGCGUGUCGGGCGGCGGCGCGGCGCCCGGCGCCCGCGCGCUGGACGCGGCGGCCGCCACGUGGCCCGGGCUCAGCGUGGCGGCCGGCGCCGGCGUGUGCCGCGCCUGCGCCCGCGCCGCCGUCGCGCGCCUGCUGCUGUACGGCCAGCCCUACAACCCCGCCACGCUCGAGCCCGUGCAGCCCGACGCCAGGCUCGCUUAUGAAAAGGAGUUCCUCGUGUGUACGACGUGUUGCAGUCGAGUUCAGCUGUAUUCGAGGAUAUCUCAUCAGAAGUAUCUAAUGUAUGCGGAAUGCAGUAAACGAGUCGCUGAGAAGAGAAUGCAAAACCCCAGUAAAGACACUACGGUGAUUCUGAACGAAUUGUUGGCGGACGAAGUAUGGUUGUCGCAGCUGUUCCGCGACGUGCGGCACUCGUGGGCGGAGGCGGAGGCGUGGGAGCGCAAGCUGCGCCACGCGAUGUCGCGGCAGAUGAUAUAACGCCGACCCCUGUGCAGCCCUUAGUAAAUAUCUUGUAAGGACAAUAUUUUCAUUUCAUUUUUAUACAUGUGAAAAAUGUGCUAUAUGUAUUUCAUUGAUUUUGUAACACUUUACAAUGUAACAAAUUAAACCUUCAUAUAUAUUUUCUGGUUUCAAACAUACCUCUUAUAUUGUUAAUAUGGUAUUGUAUCAAAUUGGCUGUUACUUAGUAUUUAUCUCAAAUACUCUGGUGCCAUUUAUUGCUUGCUUUUCAUGUAAUUUGUCAGUUGGCAUUUACUGUAAUGUACUGGAAUCGUAAUUCUUCGUUCAUAAUUAUUUCUCUGCUCAUAUAAAUUAUUGUAAUAGAUUGUCAUAAACCGAAGGCGGCCUUAGCUUACGAACAUAUCAAUUAUGGGUUACCCUAAUUGACCUGUAGCAGUUAUUGAAACGAAAUGUUGGUAGCUCCCGAUAUUUGCUAAGUCAUUACACUUACUGGUUUUAGGUUACGCUAGGAUUCCCAUAAGACUGGGUUAUGCGCCUCUUACAUUGAGUGUGAUGUUAUACCAUAGGUACAUAAAUAAGAAAGAGGAGUGUGUCCUCAAAGCUACUAAAAUACAAUAACGGCAGCAAUAUCUUAUAAAAAAUAAAGACAAACAUGUAAUGCGUUAUCGAACUUAAAUAAAUUGUAAGUACAUAAUAUACAAGUUGCAAAAGUACAGCUGGCAUCUAUUUACUACGCUAUGUAAAGGUCGUCAAAGCCGUCAACCUAUAGUCUUCUCAGUCUAAUUUAAACGUACUUCAUAACUGGCGCGCAAUUUCUGUAAUAAAAUAUGUAAAUCGUCGUUCUAGUUUCGUUUGGAAGCAAUGGAGUAAAAUUAAUUUUCGGAAUUUUUUUAUGUAAUUAAUUGUAUUUUUGGUUCAAUAAGAUUUAUAAACAUAAUUAUUUGUGAUAUUCUCUUUAUUUUAGGGCCUAAUUACUGUAAACUGUAAAACAUAACAGUACGUAAACUCAUUUUGUAUCAACUUUUACCUGCAGAAAUUACAUAAACUACCAAUUAUGAUUUUUAUUGAAUUAAACACUCAUGAUAAUAAUUAUGCAUGAACAGAGUAUACAAAUUCGCUUAUGUAAAUUGAAUUCUAAACUCGAUAAAGGUUGUAUCUUUGUAGUCGCUUUUAUAUACAACAUGUCUAGCAGUAUUCAUGUCGAUUCUCGUUUAUAUGAAUGAAACGUUGGCAUGAAAUAAAAUGCGCCCCUCUUAUAAGCUGGAAUAGCGGUCACUUCGUCCCAUACGACAUAUUGUGUCCCUAUAUUUCGUUUACAAAUGACCUAAUAGUAAGCCGUGCUCAUUUUGUAAGAAACACAUACGUAGAACCUGCCAAUUAAUGUGCAGUAAAUCGACAUGCAUGCAGUUCGACAUUUAUAUGAAAUAAGUAGAUCUGACUUCCAAACUGCUACCACAAAGAUUCAGAGAUAUACAGCUAUAAAUAUAAAUUUAAAUAUUUUACUAUUACGCAGCAGCUCCACAAUUAAUGACUAUGAUAUUCUAUUAUAUUUAAAUUAUUUUUUUUCGGUGAAACGCAAUUAAAAAUUGCUUAAUACAUUGUGUCAUCAAUCACAGUCUCAAUGAUCUCACCCUAUGUUAUCUUUACGGGCAAUUAUGGACAAUAUUUUAUGGCUUAGUUAAUCUGCAGUCCGUUGUGACGCCAAAUUAUAAGUAACACAUUCCCUGGAGCGAUAAUUAAAUUCUUUUUUUGUAUAAAUACCCUCAUAUUUUAAGUGAUUACAACUUGGCACGACUGGUGUUAUCUGCCCUAUAAUUUAUAUUAUAAAUGAACAAAUGUGACGAUAUUAUAUUUCUAUUUUUAAAUAUAAGUACACUAUGAAAAGAUAUUUUGUAUAAUUGCUUUAGGUUGUAUAGGUUUUUAAUAAUACGACUACGCCAAUGUAGUUUUAUAGUAGGUAUAUAGCAUUGUAAAAAUAACAGGUUCUGUCUGGUAAUUAAAGUUAAAGAGAACUUUAUUUAUUUUGUUCAGAUUGGACAGGUAUAGGUCUAUUUGUUUUUUAAAUACCAUUUCUUACUGUAAGACAUAAAGGCAAUUUUAUCAAAUAAAACCUAUUACUAGCAA